AUUUUUUUUUGUUUGGACCUUUUCUUUAUUACUUGACUGCACCUCUUUUUGCUUUGCUACUCUAUUUGUACAGAAGUUACUUUUACAACAUGCCUACUUUUCAAUCCAAAACGUUUCGUCGCGCGACCACUGCAUCCUCCUCGUUCGGAGAGCGUCUGGGUGCAUUCUAUCGGGCUCGGCUUACUCGACACCCUUUUCUUCUCUUCGGCCUUCCUUUCAUGGCCGUCAUUGUAGCCGGGUCUUUUGCUCUGACUCCAGCUGCAGCCCUUCGGUACGAACGUUACGAUCGCAAAGUUCAGCAACUCAGCAAAGAAGAAGCUUUUGAAUUAGGACUCAAAGGACCCGACGGAGAAGAGGGUAUCAAGCGAAACCCUCGUCGCAGAGUCAUUGGCGACGAACGUGAGGAAUACUAUAGACUUAUGGCGAAGGACUUGGACAACUGGGAACAGAAACGAGUGAAACGAUUCGAUGGCGAGCCCGACGGAAGGCUAUGAUCUGGACCAAGAACCCGAAUUCUAGAAAAGUGCUUGAUAGGCUGGUGUCACUUGGCACCCGCUUUUCUCGUCGCACUGUCCGAUGAAGGAGUGUUCGUCCCCCUUCCGCUCUCAAGCAAGAAGACGACCUACCUAUAUAGGUACAGUCUGUAGAGCACAUGGUUCAGGAUUUCCUCUCAUCUUCAGCAUGGAAUCUUGAAAUGCUACGAGUGUUGCCCAGCUGUUCCUUGUUCAAAUUGCACUUGACAAUGAACGCUCCACUUGGCAUCAUCGACAAGAAGACCUGCGUCUGCAUCUCGGGAAAUUGUGGCCAAUACCCGACCGGAAGGCAAAAAGGGGGGUUUACCAUGAUCCUGCCGAUGCUUUAGGUUCUGGGAACCUAGCCUGGUUAGAUGUUCGGUGAUUCCCUCAAGAUGAGAUCAUGUGGAGGUCCCCCAGUGGAUAUUGAGCAUUUUGCGGAGACCACCUGCCUCUCCGGUUGCUGAGGCUGGUAAAGGGUCAUGGCGAGUAUCGGACACCCUCCAUAGCAGAUAUUGUGAAAUGCCCAUCCUGUCGGGUACAUCGUUUAUGGCCUGCACCCGACGGGUCUAGAGGGUUCGAUGGGCAUUGCUAUGACAAGGAGGCGUUCAUAGCCGUUGCCGGAUUCGGCAGACCAUACGCUGCGCGACUUUCCUUUUUGAUGAUCCGAGUUGGAAGCAGGGACUCUUGAGUAUGUUUUAUGUCUUGUUUGAUAGUGCCAUAUUGUAUUCAAUCAAUAGAGCACAUUAAACCGAAGGUAGAUCAUGAAGGAGACACUGGACCGGACUGUAGCACUACGUAGUUGAUCG